CCUUGCAUUGAGCAACAUUAGAAAUUCGGCAAAUUACACGUGUGCAGCAGAGAGCAAGGAGCGUGGUCGGAUCGAGCGCACGAUGAUCAUCAGAGUCCAGGACUUGCCCCUUGCUCCAGUGAACUUGGAGGUGAGUGAGGUGACAGCAUCCUCGUUGAGACUCGAUUGGUCCUACCCGACGUCCUCUUCCAUGUCCCCAUCCUUCGAACCAAAUCACGCUGUCAAAGAAUACGAGGUCAAAUUCCAUCUUACGCACGAAAGCGGUGUCUUUGAGAUUUCUGGCAUCACUGAGCAGUAUUACACAGUCCAGCACCUGAACUAUAGCACGGAAUAUGUGUUCUCCGUCCGGGCUGCGAAUUUCAUUGGAAAGGGUCCUUGGACACCAUGGACAACUGCCACCACCAGAGGACCUAGGACCAGUCUCGUCAUGAAUUUCGGUCGCAAGGCUGGUCAAGCCAAUUGA